AUGACGAUGAUGAUGAUGAUGAUGCUGAUGAUGUUGCAGGUGGCAGUGGCAUCACGUUCAAGUCCGCAGGAUGAUGCUGAGGUGAUUCCGGACACGGAUUUCCGUGACUUUAAGGGCGUCAUCGAUACGGGUGCCGAUGCCACUCCUUUCCUGCAGCCAAGUCCAUCGGCCGUUAACUUCUUGAACUCCUUUGAUGACAUUUUCCGUCGUCUGCGCACUCGUCUUUGGCCCGUGACUCUUGACUCGGAGGAGUCUGGCUCCGGUGAUGAUGGUUUUGCUGCCGGCUUUCCACUGCGUUUCGGCUUGAGCAAUCUGAAUCCGGUGGAUCCCAAGAAUGGCAACACAACAUCCACAGUUAAGGUUGUGGAUGGUCACCGAUUGGAGAUCAAUGAGACCGUCUAUGGCGAUGAGAACAGUCACUUCAAGGUGCGUCUGGUGAAUGUGCGUCCCUUGGAGAGUGGCGAAGAGGUUGUCGAGGGCAUCACCCAUGACAAUGGUGAUUUCAAGCCGGCGAAUUCCAUUUCCCCGGCUACUUCGGCGCCUCCCAAGCGUAGCGAACUCGAUGAAUCCGAUGAGGAUCGUCGUGAACCUCUCGAGAAGCAGACCAAGGACAACGAGGUGCGCGACAUCGAUGAACCUCAGAGCACAACCACAGCAACAACAACCACAACCACAACAACUAUAGCCGCGAGCACAAUUGCAGAGGAUUCCAUUGCAGAGAGCAGCGACAACACACAGAUUGUAAUGGCCGAACUGAUUGAAGAUAUGCAGCAGAAGGAGCAAGGGGAGCACGAGGAGCAACAUGAGCAGCUGGCCACAGCUCAAGAUGCUGACGUCGACACAAUGGCGCAUAAUGAGGAAGCGGAAACGCCGCUGCCUGACAGUGACGGCGACAGCGACAGCGACAAUAAUGCGGCGCCGGAGUCCUUGGCGGCCAUUGAAAACUUUGACUCGGAGUUUGACGAUGUCGCCGCUCCGCAAUUCGAGCAGCUGCAGUUGCAUGGAGAACGGGAGCGCGAACGUGAGGAACUGGAGUCCUCAGAUGAUGAGGAAAGCAAUCAUGCGGCGGCCAUUGAAAUGAGCGACACCUUUAAUGAUGAAUGGGCCUCGUUGGACAUUGCAGAUCCUGGCAAUGAUUUGAAUAAUCACAUUGACAUCGAGGUGGAGAAGUUUGUGCCCGUGGAUCUAUCCAAUGAUAUUGCUGUCAACGAUAUUGCCGCCGCGAAUCCCGACUAUCCAUAUAACCCAGAUGCAGAGCUGAUUGAUGUUGAGGGUGCAGCUGCAGCACACAUGAUGCCAAAGUUUGAGAAGCUAUCUCUGGCGCCGUUGCCCAAAUGAGAAAGGAAUUUAGGGAUAUAAUCUUAAGUGUUUUAGCUGUUAAGAACAAAAUAAAAAACUACACUCAUUAUCACACAGCAUUCAUUAAAUUAUUUACAAUGUUUGAAGAGUAUUACACGCAUAUUUAUUGUGCAAGCACAUAAUUUAUUUCUUUAUAUUUAAAUACAACUACAAAAAACAAACCA